CCCGCAGCCCCGCCCGCCGCGGGUGCGGGUAGAGAAGAGGCCCAGGUGAGGAGCCAGCGCCCGCGUUCCGGAAGCCCCCUCCCGGGGCCAUGGGGGCACAGGUGAGGCUGCCGCCCGGAGAGCCCUGCCGAGAAGGAUAUGUGCUGUCUCUGGUCUGUCCAAACUCCUCCCAGGCUUGGUGUGAGAUCAAAAAUGUGUCACAGCUGCUGGCUUCUCCUGUGCUCUACACGGACCUGAAUUCCAGCAUAAACAACUUGAACAUUUCAGCAAGUGUAGAAAACAAAUACAGUCUUUAUGUGGGCUUGGUACUGGCCGUAAGCUCAAGUAUUUUUAUUGGCUCCAGCUUCAUACUGAAAAAGAAGGGCCUCUUGCAACUGGCCAGCAAGGGCGUUACUAGAGCUGGACAAGGUGGACAUUCUUACCUGAAGGAAUGGCUCUGGUGGGUAGGAUUGCUGUCAAUGGGAGCAGGAGAGGCUGCAAAUUUUGCUGCUUAUGCUUUUGCACCUGCCACCUUGGUCACCCCUCUGGGUGCUCUGAGUGUUCUCAUAAGUGCAAUAUUAUCUUCCUACUUUUUAAACGAGCACUUGAACAUUCAUGGGAAAAUAGGCUGCAUAUUAAGUAUAUUGGGGUCAACCGUGAUGGUUAUCCAUGCCCCAAAGGAAGAGGAAGUCACAUCUUUGCAUGAAAUGGAAAUGAAAUUGAGAGACCCAGGAUUUAUUUCCUUUGCUGUGAUCAUAACUGUGAUCUCUUUGGUGCUGAUUUUGAUUGUGGCUCCCAAAAAAGGACAGACCAAUAUAUUGGUUUAUAUUUCAAUCUGUUCCUUGAUUGGAGCGUUUUCAGUUUCUUCUGUCAAAGGCCUGGGAAUUGCCAUCAAGGAGCUGAUAGCAUGGAAGCCAGUUUACAAACAUCCCCUGGUCUUUGUUUUGCUGGCUGUACUUGUACUUUCAGUAACUACACAGAUUAACUAUCUCAACAAGGCACUGGACACCUUUAAUACCUCUCUUGUGACACCCAUUUAUUAUGUAUUCUUCACAUCCAUGGUAGUGACUUGCUCUGCCGUCUUAUUCCAAGAGUGGUAUGGCAUGACAGCUGGAGAUAUCAUUGGGACGCUGAGUGGAUUCUUCACUAUUAUCAUUGGCAUCUUCCUUCUACAUGCUUUUAAAAAUACUGACAUUACUUGGAGUGAGCUUACAUCCACUGCUAAGAAAGAAGCCGUCUCUCUGAAUGUCACUGAAAACAAUUAUGUUUUACUAGAGAACUUGGAGUGUUCAGCCCCGGGAUACAAUGAUGACGUCACCUUGUUUAGUAGAACUGAUGACUGAAGUCUCUAGAAACACUGAGUUUUAACCAGUAUGAGACACACGAAGAGGAAAACGAAUGCUUGCUUCUUGGAAGAACUGCUAGGAAAGUUAGCAUUUUUACAGUUCUAACUAAUUUAGAUGUGAGGCCAAGUAAAAAUGCCAUUUUUUUGGCCAUCGAAUUUGAAAAUCAAAUUGAUUAGCCUCCAGAAUUUCUACAAACUUUGAAAUACUCUCUAAGGAUCAAAGAAGUCAAACAGCUAUGUGUGUCUCAGAAUAAUGUCCUUCUUCUGGUCACAAUAUCUUUGUCUCUGCCAGGUGGCUCUUCAUUUCUUUGGUGGACAGUCAUUCACCAAUAUACAGUUAGCAGUGUUCUGAUAGAUGCAGUAUCAGUCAUAUUCUCCAUUGAGUCAUAGUUUCAAAUUAUUAAAACUGAGAAGAGAGGCUGGGCACGGUGGUGCACACCUGUAGUCCUAGCAGUUUGGGAGGCCAAGGCAGGUAGAUCACUUGAGCUCAGGAGUUCGAGACCACCCUGGGCCACAAGGCGAGACCCUGUCUCUACAAAAAAUACAAAAAUUAGCCAGGCGUGGUGGCACACGCCUGUAGUCCCAGCCACCUGGGAGGCUGAGGUGGGAGGAUUGCUUGAGUCUGCGAGGCUGGGGCUGCCGUGAGCCCAGAUUGUGCCACUGCGCUCCACCCUGGGUGACAAAGCAAGGCCCUGUCUCAAAAAAGAAGAAGAGAAAGGGCCAGGGACUUUUGUUUUAAAAAACUUUUUUUAAAACUGAGAAGUGAGAUCACGGGUGCUUUGUUCUUCCUUCUGCACCUCCUUCUUAAACUAGAUAGCUAAUUAGUUAUUUUAAGAAAAAAGAAAUUUUUUUAAAAAGCCUGCUUUAUUUGUUAGUGGGCUAGAAUACACAAGACGCACCCACCCAUGAAGAGUUUAUGAAUUGUAACUUAUUGACAUAUCAUAGGAAUUUACUACCAGUUAAAGAGGGAGAACGGAGGAAGAGAAAAAUACUUCAGAUAAAGGAAAAAGUUUCCUUCUCACAAAAACACAGACACGUGAUUGUUUUCACAGGUUCCAUUAAUUAACUCAGGUCUGGAAGACAUAGGACAACAUGGAGUUUCUGAAAAGUCCAGGUGAAUUCAGCUUUGGAGUUACUUAUGUUCAUUUUUUUUUCCCUUUCUUUUACUAUUAUCCUAAAGGUUAUUUUUUUUGUUGAUAUAGAGAUUUUUUUUUUUUUUCUAGGUUUGUUUUGCUGAUUUUCUUUUUUUUUUUUUUUUUUAUUAUACUUUAGGGUUUUAGGGUACAUGUGCACAAUGUGCAGGUUUGUUACAUAUGUAUCCAUGUGCCAUGUUGAUUUCCUGCACCCAUUAACUCGAGAUUUUUGUAAAAGAUUGCUACAUUAUUUCAGGAUUAUAUCCUACAUUUCAAUUGUUCUCAAUGUUUUAUCCCUAAAGAGUGAGUUUUCCACAGACUGGAAGCAACUAGAAAAAUCUUUGUGAAAAAUCUGAACAAAUUAUCAUAAUGGCUCUCUUGAAAUUUUGCACUUUCACCCUUAUCAAGGAAAUUAUCAUUAGUUACUAACCUUUAAAAAUAGGUAUAUUCUAAUAGGAUAGAAAGUUAACUUCCUGGCAAACAAAAUACUAAGAUCUCAGGGGCUACUGCAGGAAAAUACCUUUUUUGCACAUUAAAAUGUUUAUAAAAUUUUCCUCUCAUUUCAAAUGCAUGGCAGGAAUAACAUUUUUGGUGGUCUUUAAUGUGAUGGACAGAUUUACUGUCACUUAUUGAUUUUAUGGAAAAUAAAUUGGCUAUCUUAUUUUUAUACUGAUCUUAUUUUUCUCAAAACAAAAAUCCUAACCAAAAAGUUGUCAUUAAAAAAAAAAUUCAGGUUGACUGAAUGUUUUUCUGCUCUAACCUUAAAUGUUGUUAGGUUUGGUUUUUGUUUCUAAGCUAGUUGAAGACUACCCGAGGUAAUAAUGGUAAACUUUAUUAUUCAGAAUUCAAUUAAACUGACUUCAGCAUUUCUGCAGUUCUAUUAAACAAUGACUGAUGUUCACAAUGACAACCUACCUGAGAUGGCUGCAAGGCCCUAAUGUUCCAUUAUACAUUAUAGUCUUUUCAGCAUAGUUUAGUGUUGAGUACGAUUCUAAUGCAUUCUAUGUUUUUGAAAAUCGAUAAUCCAUGGAAGGUCCAUGGGUUGAUACCUCAGGUCAAAAAUGUGUUUACUCUGUUGAUUGCUGUUUCACUUUACUUGUAUAUCAGAUAUAUAAGCUAUGAACACAAGUUUGUAGUAAAAGUAUCUUCUGGCCGGGCAAUGGCUCACACCUGUAAUUCCAACACUUUGGGGGGCUCAGGUGGGAGGAUUUCUAGUCCCCAGGAGUUUGAGACCAGCCUGGGCAAUAAACUAGACCCCAUCUCUCUAAAAAAUGAAAAAAACACCAAGAGGCUGAGUGAGGAGGAUCAUUUGAGCUUAGGAGUUCAAGGCUGCAGUAAGUUAUGAUUGUGCCACUGCAUUCCAGCGUGGGUGACAAGAGUGAGACCCUGACCCAGAAAAGUAUCUUCUGAUAAAGUGGCAUUUGAAAAUUGCAGAAAUUUUAAUAUUUUGUCUUUUAAUAUUAAGAACUUUAUUGAUCUCUCUAGGGCACCUUCUUGGUGAGGAAAUUAAUGGCACUUUUCUUGACAAUCCAACCUGGGACUCUGGUGAUUCUCUGUUCUGGUGAAUUUAAGUUUCAGACAUUUCUUUGUGUCACCUUUUACAAGGUGUUUGCCCUUGGUACGUUAUGACCAGGUCAAAGGUUCCCAAACACAAGGCUUAUUGUGUACCCUGGACAGGAAAUUGAACUGGUAUUGACAUGUAUGCAUGCCCAGGAGGAAGACUGGGAAAGAUUUAAUGAGUUGAAGUAUGCUGAGAAACAAUGAAAUACUUGAGAACUGUCUACAUAAAAGUUACUGAUGCACAUGCAUUAAAAAAACAAAAUAUUAUUGCAAAUCUAACACUAAAAAAUUUUUGGCUGGGUGCGGUGGCUCACACCUGUAAUCCCAGCACUUUGGGAGGCUGAGGCGGGUAGAUCAUGAGGACAGGAGUUCAAGACCAGCCUGGCCAACAUGGUGAAACCCCGUCUCUACUAAAAAUACAAAAAUUAGCCAGGCAUGGUGGUGGGUGCCUAUAAUCCCCACUACUCCGGAGGCUGAGGUAGAGAAUUGCUUGACGCAAGGAGGGGCAGGUUGCAGUGAGCCAAGAGCCAAGAUUGUGCCACCGCACUCCAGCCUGGGUAACAGCAAGACUCCAUCUCAAAAAAAAAAUUCCGAAAUAGGAAGAUAUUGUCUAAGGAAGAAUGAAAUGCUGGACCCCUAUAUUCAGACUAUUAGUCUUAACUGGUAGUUUAUGUAUAUAUUUUAAUACUUUGUCAUCAUGUACAUAUCUUAAGAUUUAGUAUGUGAAUAUCUGCAUGUGUGUCAUUAAGGAUUACAAAGUUGUGCUCACACAGGACAAAUGGAAAGAUUUUCCUACUUCUGUAAAGAUAAGUUUAAUUAUACUUUUGUCUUACAAUUUUAUUCUUAGAUCAAUGGUUAUUUAUUAUAAGUUCAGAUUGCACAAUUUUCAUAAGACCCUUUGGAUUUAGCACAUGAAAUUAACACAUAUUUUAAAGUAUUAAAUACAUGGAAAGCAUCUGGCAUUAUGCCUGAUGAUAGGCACUUAGUAAAAUGUACUUUUCUUUGAAUCAACAUUUGAAUUCUUCCAGUCUUGUCACUAGAGACUUAAGGACCAUUGAGUGCCUAUUUUUAUACGUUCAUCUUUUCUCAAUUUGUCACAUUAUCUCAUUUUAAAUAAUGCAAGUGAAAGUGAAUUCAUCAUACUAUCUCAACACCGAUACAAAAUUAUUCCAACAAAAAUAUUUUUCUUCAUAAAACCAGAAAAACUGAACUAAAUGCUAUUUACCCCUUCCAACAAAGCUUUGUGGAAAAAUAUAUGAAUAUAUGAAAUGUUCUCAAAUAUUUUGAAUAAACUGUUUAUGAAGCCUUAUAUUUUGCAAGUGUUUUUACUGUUCAUUUUAGAAAGUUUAUAAAUCUUAAAUGUUUGUAUAUUUUUCAUUUGCAAUAAAAUGUUAUUUAAUUAUG